AUGCCGCGGCCGGGGAAGAGCUCGUACAGCGACCAAAAGCCGCCCUACUCGUACAUCUCGCUGACCGCCAUGGCCAUCCAACACUCGGCGGAGAAGAUGCUGCCGCUGAGCGACAUCUACAAGUUCAUCAUGGAGCGCUUCCCCUACUAUCGCGAGCACACGCAGCGCUGGCAGAACAGCCUGCGCCACAACCUCUCCUUCAACGACUGCUUCAUCAAGAUCCCGCGGCGGCCGGACCAGCCCGGCAAGGGCAGCUUCUGGGCGCUGCACCCCGACUGCGGCGACAUGUUCGAGAACGGCAGCUUCCUGCGGCGCCGCAAGCGCUUUAAGGUGCUACGUGCGGACCACGCUCACCUGCACGCAGGUAACACCAAGAGCGCGCCCGGCACUGGGCCCGGAGGGCACCUCCAUCCCCACCAUCCGCACCACGCGCACCACCACCACCACCACCACCACGCUGCCGCGCAUCACCACCAUCACCACCACCCGCCCCAGCCGCCCCCGCCCCCGCCGCCGCCGCACAUGGUGCACUAUUUCCACCAGCAGCCGCCGCCAGCUCCGCAGCCGCCGCCACACCUCUCGUCGCAGCCCCCGCAGCAGCCGCCCCAGCAGUCGCAGCCUCAACAGCCGUCCCACCCUGGCAAGAUGCAGGAGGCAGCGGCUGUGGCGGCAGCAGCAGCGGCGGCGGCUGCAGCUGCAGUGGGCAGCGUGGGGCGCCUGUCACAAUUCCCGCCCUACGGGCUGGGCUCCGCUGCCGCCGCGGCAGCCGCCGCCGCCGCAUCCACGUCGGGCUUUAAGCACCCGUUCGCCAUCGAGAACAUCAUCGGCGGGGACUACAAGGGCGUGCUGCAAGCCGGCGGGCUGCCCUUGGCAUCGGUCAUGCACCACCUGGGCUACCCGGUGCCCAGCCAGCUCGGCAACGUCGUCAGCUCUGUUUGGCCGCACGUCGGCGUCAUGGAUUCUGUGGCCGCGGCCGCUGCCGCUGCUGCAGCUGCGGGGGUCCCUGUGGGCCCCGAGUAUGGGGCCUUCGGGGUGCCGGUCAAGGCCCUGUGCCACUCGGCAAGUCAGAGCUUGCCUGCAGUGCCUGUGCCCAUCAAGCCCACGCCUGCACUGCCGCCGGUGACCGCGCUGCCCCCGGCGCUCACCGUCCCCGCGGCUGCUCAGCAGCCGCCAGCACAGUCCACAGUGUGCCCAGCGGCCGCGGCCUCGCCCGCAGUCUCCCUGCAGCCCACGGCCCCGAGUGCAGCCGAGAGCAAGGGCAGCGCCCUGCACUCGGUGCUGGUGCAUUCCUAG